ACAGAGACAGGAUAUAUCAACAUCUUCCCAGCUGCAACCUUAGUGAGCAAAGUGUCUAUUGCUGUAAGCUCAAGAAAAUAUCAGCUCAAAAGUUUACGCGGCUUGACUGUCAGAUAUCUAAAUAAAGUCAUGGCUUCAGUAUCCCAGCUGGAACAAGAAAUGAUGACCAAGGCACGACGCCAGAUUGCACAAUGCCAGGAUCCUGUGGAGAAGCUAAGACUGCAGUGCCUUGCAAGAGGAGCGUCUGGAAUUAAAGGCUUAGGAAGGGCUUUCCGAAUAAUGGAUGAUAACUAUAGUAACUCUUUGGACCUAGAAGAAUUCUCUAAAGGGCUGCAGAACUAUGGAGUUCCCCUGCUCCCAGAAGAAGUGCAAGACAUUUUUCAGAGAUUUGACAGAAAUGGAAAUGGAACUAUCAAUUUUGACGAGUUUUUGAACACAAUCAGGCCUCCAAUGUCCAAUGCUCGUAAACAAGUUAUACUAGAAGCCUUUCAUAAAAUGGACAAAACAGGUGAUGGUGUUAUAACUGUUGAAGACCUUAAAGGGGUUUACAAUCCUAAAUGUCAUCAGAAAUAUCAGAACGGAGAAUGGAAUGAAAGGCAAGUGUUCCAACAUUUCCUGGACAACUUUGAUUCACCCAACAACAAGGAUGGCCAAGUGACAGUGGAAGAAUUCUUGAAUUACUACAGUGGUGUCAGCGCUUCCAUAGACAGUGAUGCCUAUUUUGUUGUAAUGAUGAAAAAUGAAUGGAAAAUUUAG